UCUCUUACCUUCCAACACCACCGAGUCAUUCAUUCUUACAGCUCAUACAGUUUCAUCACUCUGGCAAAAGCUUCCUCUCUCUACCUCUCACACAUCACAACAAGAAGAUGAAGCAUCUGAUCCGCCGUCUCUCCCGCGUGGCUGACUCCACUCACUACAAUCUCCUCCGGUCAGAUUCGCAACGACGGAGCCGCCGCUCUGAAUUUUCCCUCCGGUCUUCGAUGGCUCGCCGCUUGAAGAAACAUACAUCCUCUGUUCCUCAAGGACACGUACCGGUCUACGUGGGAGACGAGAUGGAGAGGUUCUUGGUUAGCGCGGAGGUGCUUAACCAUCCGGUUUUCAUCGGUUUGCUGAAGCGGUCGGCUCAGGAGUAUGGAUACGAACAGAAAGGAGUUCUUCAAAUCCCAUGCCACGUUCUUGUCUUCGAGCGCAUCAUGGAGUCGGUUCGGCUUGGAUUAGCGGUUCCAAGUGACUUGCAAGAUCUAAUCAGCGAGGAGUGUAUGUGAGAAGAUUUUUAGAAGAAUCCUUGGUAGGUAGAGAGGCAGAGUCACAGAGAUGGAUCUAGUUGUGUUUUUGUUCAGACACAGAGUAAUAAUAAUUCGUUGGUGUUGAUGUACA